AUGGAACUCUAAGUAGAUCAAGAAUAUAUCAAUUAAAGUUAAAAGCAUAUUAAUAACACAGAAUCAAAUAAUGAUAUUUAAAAUAAUGAAGAAAAUCCGAUAUUAAAACUAACCAUAAGAAAAAGGAUUAAACUAGAAACAAUAAUUUUAGAAAACGGAAAUAAAUAUACAGGAGAAUGGCUUAAUAAACUAAAAGAUGGAUUCGGUAAAUAAAUAUGGCAAGACGGUUCUGUUUAUGAAGGAUAUUGGGUCUAGAAUAAAAUGCAUGGACAUGGAAAACUUACUCAUCCAGACGGAGAUUAUUAUGAAGGAAAUUGGAAAAAUGAUAAAGCUUGUGGAGAAGGUAUUUAUAAACAUAAAGAAGGAGCAAUUUUUAGUGGAUAAUGGAAAAAUGAUAAAUAAAAUGGUUUUGGUAAAGAAAACUGGCCAAAUGGUAUUUUUUACGAAGGAAAUUAUCUAGAUGGAUAAAAAUAUGGAAAAGGCAUUUUAAAAUUUAAUGAUGGGUCUUCAUAUGAAGGAGAAUUUAAAGACAAUAAAAUAAAUGGAUACGGUAUAUAUAAUUGGAAUGAUGGUAGAAUAUAUUCUGGGUUAUGGUCUAAUAAUUAAAUGAAUGGAUAAGGAAAAUUAGAAUGGGCAGAUGGUAAAUCAUAUGAUGGAGAGUUUAAAAAUGAUUUGAAACAUGGAUAAGGUUUAUUUAAAUGGCCAGAUGGAAGAAAAUAUUUAGGAGUUUGGGUUAAUGGUUAAUAAAAUGGAUAAGGAGUUUAUUAUUUAUCUAAUGGAGAAUAUAAAGUAGGGCUUUGGGAAAAUGGAGUUAGAGUUAAAUGGUUAAAUUCUGAAGAAAGUAAUAAUAAAAAAUAAAAUAAUAAUUGA